GUGCGUGAUGGAUCAUCGUUUGUAACUAUGCACAUAAUAAUAUUAUUAUGACGGCAAUAUUACGCGUAUACGAUGUGGCAUUUAAUAUUAUAUUAUUAUCAAAUACAGUCGUGCAUUCGUCAUUUGACAUAAUCCACACAUAGGCAAAUCACGUGUAAGCAGCCUGCAGCAAGCGCAUUUAUAUUGUCGUUGCACAUCAAAGCAUAGUCGUAUAAUACGUAUUAUUUGUUAUAUAAAAUAGACACGAAACUACCCGAGUAAGCUUUAUACAUUGAAUUGGUCUCGUGAUGUCCAACCUGCACAUGGGCGACGACGGAGAGUUUGAAGAAUCUAUGCGCAAAGUGGUAUUAUUAAGGAUUUGAGUUCGCAGAAUGAAGCCAAGUCCAGAAUAGGCAUGCUCAGGGCAGAAGAGUUGCUUGGCGACGGUGAAAAAUCUUGGGACGAGAGUUCACUGAAAACUGUGCAAAACGGUACGACAAUAAACCGUAAGGCUUUCGAAGACCUUGGCAAACCCAAAGAUGAAAUACCCUCAGAUGCUGCCGGAUUUAUGGCACACGUAGAAAGAGAUGCAAAACAGAGGUCCGAAGCUAAGAAAAAGGAAAUAAAACGUUCAGACUAUUUGAAAACGAUGGGCAACUUUGAGUACCGCAAAGGGAACUAUGAAAAAGCUCUCAUCUACUUCAAUCAAGCCAUCGACGUGCGCAAAGAUAGCUGCGUGCUGUUCACCAACCGGGCGCUAACCAAGAUCAAUUUGGGUCUGAUGGACGAAGUCGUCAGCGAUUGCGAUCGAGCGUUGCACCUCAACGACCGAUCGCUGAACGCCGUCCUUUACAAGGCUGAAGCAUUAUGGGAGUUGGGCGAUACCAGAGCUGCCGAGGACUUGCUAGAGACCGCACUCAAAACUCACUCCGAUCAGACGAAACGCAUACAAGACUACCGAAAUAAACUGAGCUGCAGUCGUUAAUACCCAUGCUGUAAAUCCUUCGCCACCUUCUUGCACAUCAUCAUGCACAAAUGCAGUGGGUAUACUAUAUUAUUCUGUAUUAUACGUUUUUGGCGUUUU